UUAAACACCCUGAGAAAGCCACGCCCCGUUUGGGAGUUUCCAAUUUUCGCAGUCUGCGGUUGUACAAGAGUUGCCAAAUCCGCGGUUUUCACGCAGGAGUAGGUUCAUUUUUCAUCUGUUGCUGUGGAUUGUUAUUUUGCACGGGUUUAAGACUUGGCAACCCUGUAUGAACAUUUCCCGAAACCUGUGCUGCAAAGAUUUCACUUUUUCUAACUUUUGCGGAUUGUGCUUCAAGUCAAAUCUUCUAAAAUGGGAUUGGAAAUCUACUUAGAUCUGUUAUCGCAGCCUUGUCGCUCCGUUUACAUCUUUGCCAAGAAAAACAACAUCCAGUUCGACUACAAGAAGAUCUCGUUGUUUGACGGAGAGCAAUACAGUGAGGAGUUUGGGAAAAUCAGCUUAAUAAGAAAGGUACCUGCAAUCAAAGACGGGGACUUUUGCUUGGCUGAAAGUGUUGCUAUUCUGACGUACUUGGCGGAGAAGUUCAACACUCCAGACCACUGGUACCCAGCUGACCUGCAGAAGCGUGCUCUAGUAAAUGAAUACCUGUCAUGGCAACACUCGGCCAUCCGAAUACACGGAUCCAAGAUCCUCUGGUUGAAGCUCAUGAUUCCAAAAGCUAUGGGAAUGGAAGUUCCUAAAGAGAAGAUGGAUCUCGCAAUAGAGAAUCUUGAUGAUGCACUUAAAGUUUUUGAGGAGAAGUUUCUUCAAGACAGACCAUUCAUUAUUGGUGAUCAGAUCUCUUUGGCUGAUCUUGUUGCUAUUGUGGAAAUCAUACAGCCUGUAGCUGCUGGUCUGGAUGUGUUUGAGAACAGGCCCAAGCUUAAGGCAUGGAAGGACAGAGUCAAGGAAGCUAUUGGGGCUGAGCUGUUUGAUGAAGCCCACAAGAGCAUCUGGUCUUGCCAGGAGUAUGUGGAAACCGUGGAUCCUAAGAAAUUUGAGCCAUUUAAACCCAAAAUUGUGAAGUAUUUCCUCUAAUAAAAAACUGGAAAUAAA